AUGGACAGCUCCAGCUUAUUGCACAGUAACAAGUCUGGGUUUGCUGUCUCAGAGGAUUGGGAAACCAUCAUUGGGGUUUACUUGCUCACACUGGGUUGGCUUUCUUGGCUUGGCAACGGAGGGGUGAUCUUCAUCAUGUACAACCAACGACAUUCCCUGGACCCUCAGGACUAUCUCACCUUCAAUCUUGCUGUCUCAGAUGCAGGCAUUUCCCUCUUUGGCUAUUCAAGGGGCAUUCUAGAGCUGUUUAACGUUCUUAGAGAUGAUGGCUUUCUAAUCACUUCCGUAUGGACAUGCAAGGUGGACGGAUUUAUAAUACUCUUUUUUGGUCUAAUCAGUAUUAAUACUCUGACAGCCAUCAGUGUCAUCAGAUACAUUAAAGGAUGCCAGCCUCACCAAGCUCACAAAAUUGAUAGAAAAAAUAUUACAUUAACCAUGAUUGUGAUAUGGGCAACCGCUCUUUUCUGGGCCAGUGCACCACUUCUAGGGUGGGGUAGCUAUACAGACCACAAAUAUGGUACAUGUGAAAUAGACUGGAUCAAGGCAACAUUUUCUGUUGUCUAUAAGUCCUACGUGAUUGGAAUCUUUAUAUCUGGCUUCUUUAUUCCUGUCUCCAUCAUGGUUUUCUGUUACGUGUCCAUAAUAAAGACUGUUAAAUCAAGUCACAAGACCACAAGAGGUAAAAAAAUUAGCCAAAGGCAGCGGCUCAUGGAACGAAAUAUUACACAGGUGUCAUUUGUAAUUUGUUUUGCCUUUUUCCUGGCAUGGUCUCCUUAUGCAGUAAUCUCUAUGUGGUCAGCAUGUGGAUUUCAAGUGCCAGCGCUCACCAAUGUCCUAGCCAGCCUUUUUGCCAAAUCUGCCAGUUUUUACAACCCACUUAUCUACAUGGGAAUGAGCUCUAAAUUCCGUAAAGACAUCAGAAACCUUUUCCAGUGUCUCAACCAAGACAAGGAUUCAGCCCUGCAAAUGCCAGUACAGAUGCUCAAUCAAAGAAAUGAGGCAGCUGUCCUCCUGAAACCACAGAGAGAGUUUGUGUCCAAAGUUCCUGAGGCUGAAACGCCAGGCUAA